CAUCGUUGGUGCGGGAUUGGAUCUGUCUUUUUUCAGCUGGGUUUCGAGUGGCAUUUCUGAGGAGGCGGAGACUGGAGAGGCCAUUAGCGUGCUCGAUUCUGCGGACAUAGAGGUCACAGACAGUCGCCUUCCCAAUGCCACUUUCAUGGAACACCGGCCCCAGCACCGUCGGCCAGAGACCUUGGGUACACGUACCGCACCGCCCCAAGUGACGCAGGGUAAGGCACGUUGUGCUUCGAAGCCGUCCCAGACCUCUGGUCGAUUCUGUGUGGAACUUGUUCGGGGUUCUGCGGGCUUUGGCCUCACAUUAAGUGGAGGCCGAGAUGCAGGCGGGGACGCUCCACUGGCAGUGCGCGGGCUGCUGAAGGACGGGUCGGCACAGCGCUGCGGCCGCUUGCAGGUCGGUGAUCUAGUGCUCCACAUCAAUGGAGAGUCAACUCAAGGCCUCACCCAUGCCCAGGUCGUGGAGCGGAUUGGUGCAGGCGGCCCCAGGCUCUGUCUCGUGCUAAGCAGGCCUCUUGAGACCCACGCCAGCAAGCCUGAGGGGGUGGGAGGGCCCAGGAAAGAAGAUGAUCAAAGCCCAAAUCUUGGGGAACCAGAGGUGAUGAGGUCUCACAGCGCCAGCGCUUCCCCACUUCAGCACCCUCGACCCUAUACGACGCCCAAAACCCAGGGCAGCCCGGAGCCUAGCCCAGAAGGGGCAGCCGACGGCCCCGCCGUUCCUGCUCGUGAGCCCCGCACGAAGGACCCAGAAGACCAAACCCCAGAUUCCCCUGGACCCUGGCUGGUGCCAAGUGAGGAACGGCUCUCGCAGGCUCUAGGGGUCCCGGGGACUGCGCAGCUAGCCUUGGAGAUGGCAGCCGGAAGGCGGAGGCACUGAACAUGCAUCAGACAGUUCACUUGGUAUUGCCCAACCUGGAUCUGGCAUGCUCCGCCCUCCGCGCUCUAGCUUCGCGGUGAGAGCUUCCACUUGUCCCCCCUCCUGCUGCGCAGUCGACCAGCCCGCUCUCCCCUCGCGGCAUCAGUGGUACGACCCUCCCGGACCGGCCAGCCCUGUGCUUCUUGUUUCAGGCAGGGGGAGUAAUAAAAUGGUUCGAUCCA